UAUCAAUGCCAAAUGCGACCAUGCAACGGAUCGUAUGAUGCAGAAUAAAUUAUUUCAAGUUGUCAGGUCGGGUGAAGCAUCGCAGUGAGAGAGAGAGAGAGAGAGAGAGAGAGAGAGAGAGAGAGAAAGAGAGCCCGAGGAGGCAUAGCAAAAACCCGACCUUUGGGACUCUCGGAGGGAUCACCUUUCUCCCCGUCUUUCCCCAACGACUCUUCUGCUUGCAGAUUCUUGUGCAUGAUCCAACUCCCCCAUCACCUAUAUUAACUCCUCACGCCACCCGCAAGACCUCUCAAUUCAGAGUUCAGACCGCCCUCGAUCAUCCAAUCAUGUCUCAUUGGGCUCUCUCUCAGGGUUCACUGACUGUUCCUGUUGCAAGUGAUUUCUCCCUCAGAAGAUCUGUGUUCAAGGCACGAAGUGUUAACUUUAAUGAUAAAUCAUGGGCACCUAUUUUACCCUUGGACUUGAAGACGAAGAAUGGGCAGCUGAGAAAUCAGCGCAUUGUAUGCAUGUCGGUGCAACAAGCUAGUGCACCUAAAGUUAAUGUAGCUCCUUUACAACUUGAGGAUGCUAAUGAGCCCCCAUUAAAUAUAUACAAGCCUAAGGAACCUUAUACUGCAACCAUUCUUUCUGUUGAGAGGAUUGUCGGCCCAAAGGCUCCUGGUGAGACUUGCCAUAUUGUUAUUGAUCAUGGUGGUAAUGUGCCCUACUGGGAAGGGCAAAGUUAUGGUGUAAUUCCUCCUGGUGAAAACCCAAAGAAACCUGGGGCUCCACACAAUGUUCGUCUUUACUCAAUUGCAUCCUCAAGGUAUGGAGACUAUUUUGAUGGCAAGACAACCAGUUUGUGUGUCCGCCGUGCUGUCUACUAUGACCCUGAGACAGGAAAGGAGGAUCCUUCCAAGAAUGGUGUAUGCAGCAACUUUUUAUGCAACUCCAAACCUGGUGAUAAAAUUAAGAUCACAGGGCCUGCUGGCAAGAUCAUGCUUUUGCCUGAAGACGACCCAAAUGCCACCCACAUUAUGAUCGCCACUGGCACUGGUGUUGCCCCAUACAGAGGUUACCUUCGUCGCAUGUUCAUGGAAUCUGUUCCCAAAUUCAAGUUUGGCGGCCUUGCAUGGCUAUUCCUCGGUGUGGCCAACACUGAUAGUCUCCUCUAUGAUGAAGAAUUCACCAAGUAUCUCAAAGACUACCCUGAUAAUUUCCGGUAUGACAUAGCACUUAGCAGAGAACAGAAGAACCAGAGAGGAGGGAAGAUGUAUGUUCAGGAUAAAAUUGAGGAGUAUAGUGACGAGAUCUUUAAGCUACUGGAUAAUGGGGCCCACAUAUACUUCUGCGGGCUCAAGGGUAUGAUGCCCGGGAUUCAAGAGACCUUGAAGAGGGUUGCAGUUGAAAGAGGGGAAAGCUGGGAGGAGAAGCUUUCACAACUGAAAAAGAACAAGCAAUGGCAUGUGGAGGUCUACUGAUAAGGCACUGUUUCUGAACUGAUUUGUGUCUCUUUCUCGAGAAAAUGUUGGAAGUCUCUUAUGCUAGGUAAAGUUUUCUUCUUUCUUUGUUGUAAGUUGCCCAUUUGACAGCUUUAGUUAAGGAACUUGAGUAACAAUAGCAUUCAUCUGUAGCAUUAGACAAAGAGCCAAGCCGUCAUCUUGGCCGCACCAAUUUGUGAAACCCUUUUUAUUGUUGAUUGAUGUUUCAUCUUA